AUGUGGUUUACAAGCCUUAUACCGCUUCUGCUGCUUCUCUCUGACAAUGCGCGAGCCGCCAUGGUCAAGACUGGCUCAGCAUGUGUUGUCACACCUCUUUCAACCUCUGGUAGCGGAGCCAAUGUGGACGACACUCCUCAGAUCCUCGAAGCUUUCAAGCAGUGUGGCAAAGAUGGCAGUGUGGAACUGACCGAAGGCACUUUCUACAUGGGCAAGGUCAUGGAUACUCUCAACUUCCAGAAUUGCGACAUCUCCAUUUACGGAAAAUUGGUCUGGAGCACGGAUAUUCAGUAUUGGCUGAGAAACAGUCUUUCUGUCACAUAUGCGGGACGCUCCACGGCCUGGAGACUCGGAGGCACCAAUAUUACCUUGCGAGGAUACGGCAAGGCCCUCUUUGACGGCAACGGUCAGACAUGGUACGACCAGAACCGUAACCAGGGGAACCAGAACGGCCGCCCCAUAUCGCUGACUCUCUGGCAUGCAACAAACAUCCUGGUUGAUGGUAUUACAUGGAGACAGCCGCAAUUUUGGCAUACGUUCGUUGCUUACUCGCAGAACGUGACCAUGACCAACCUCGAUAUGAAUGCUACAUCCAAUUCGCAGUGGACAACGGUGAACACAGAUGGCGUAGAUACAUGGAAUUCUAAGGACGUGGUUAUUUCAAACUGGACGGUAACAUGUGGUGAUGACUGUAUCUCUGUCAAAGGAAAUAGCACAAACAUCCAUGCUAGCAAUAUCGUAUGCCACGAAUCCGGCGGGGCGGUGAUCGGCAGCAUCGGGUCCCAAGCCUCGCAGCCAGAUUAUGUUGAGAAUAUAGUAUUUGAAAAUUUUACCCUUACGCACAGCAGUAAUGCGGCAUGGAUCAAGACAUACCCAGGGACGGGUUAUGUAAAGAAUGUUCUAUUCAAGGACAUCAAAUUCACGGACGUCAACCAGCCGAUUUAUAUAUCGCCUUGCAUCUACAACGCCCAGAACUGCGACAACUCGAGGCUGAAGAUCUCUGAUGUGCGCUGGGAGAAUAUUAGCGGUACCUCGCGCUAUAAUGUUGGAGCUGGCAUGCAUUGUAGUGGUUCCGCCCCAUGCCAGAAUCUUACCUUUUCGGGAAUCGAUAUCAAACAGAAGAACGGCGGUGGUGCUGUCAAGUACCUAUGUUCCAAUAUCGCCAACCAGAAAGACAUGGGACUAGCCUGUACAGGAAGUUGUCCGGCAAAUUGGGCCCAGCAGCUUAAUGGAAACGCGUAA